AUGUUCUACUUCAUCAUCGACAUGCCGCCCGUGCGCGACUGGCAGAACCCGAUCGACCCGUCUCAGGAAGCGCCGUGGCGGUGGCUGUCCGACUGGCUCAUCCGCUAUGCGAAGGAGGUCGGCAAGUGGAUGGACACGACCGACUCGAUCACGCCCGAGGCGGUCGAGACGUUCAAGGCCGCGCCGAGCUACCAUAUGGAUGACUAUCCCGUGCCCGACGGCGGCUGGAAGACGUUCAACGAGUUCUUCGCGCGCCACAUCAAGCCCGCCGUGCGACCCAUCGCCGAGCCGGACGACAACACCGUGAUCGUGAACGCGGCCGACUGCACCUUCGACGGGACGUGGCCGGUGAACGACGAGGCGAACGUCAACACGUUCGACGUCAAAGGCGUGCCGUGGACCAUUAGUCAGCUUCUCGACGACGCCGGGCUCGGCCCGACGUUUGCCGGCGGCGUCUUCACGCACUCCUUCCUCGGCCCCGCCGACUACCACCGCCAGCACGCGCCUGUCGCGGGCACGGUCCUCGAGGCCAGGGUCAUCCCGGGUAUGUGCUACCUCGAGGUGAUCCUCCAGCAGAGCGACGCGACGGGCGGCCUCAAGCUCGGUAUGCACCGCUACAUCCGCCCUAAGGACGACGAGCGCCUCCCGGCUGCGCACCGCGGCAUUCUCCCAUCGGCUAGCGGCUCCGCCGAUAUUGUAGCGCCCGACCGCCCUGGGUACCAGUUCCUCCAGGCGCGCGGGCUCAUCCUCAUCGAGAACCCUCUCCUUGGUCGCGUCGCGGUGCUGCCUAUUGGUAUGGCGCAGGUCUCGUCCGUUGUGCUCAGCGUCCAGAAGGGCGAUACCGUGAGGAAGGGCCAGGAGAUCUCGUAUUUCCAGUUCGGCGGGUCGGAUAUUGUGAUGGUCUUCCAGAAGGGCGCGAAUGUCAAGUUCGACCAGAAGAUUGGAGAGCACUACAACUUUGGCACGAAGGUCGCGGUUGGAGGAGUUGUGUGA